GUGCGGCGCGAAGGUUGGGGCGGAUCCCGCGGGGCCCGGGCGGGGGAAGGAGUCACCGGCCCGGCCAUGGCGGACAACGAGAAACUGGACAACCAACGGCUCAAGAAUUUCAAGAACAAAGGCCGCGACCUGGAGGAGUCAACUUCUCCGUUGAAAAAACACCCCCGGCGUGAGAGGCCAUCCUGGUGAUGCUAACAGUGCCUUCCAGCGGCCUGUGUUUUACUCUGCAUAUAGCUGAAUCAAGAUGUGGCUCACGGUGUGCCCUCUUCAGACUAUGAGACGACAACGAAAUGAAGUUGUAGUUGAGUUAAGGAAGAAUAAAAGAGAUGAACAUCUCUUAAAGAGAAGGAAUGUACCACAUGAAGAUAUCUGUGAAGACUCUGAUAUAGAUGGUGAUUAUAGAGUGCAAAAUACCUCUCUAGAAGCUAUUGUUCAAAAUGCUUCAAGUGAUAACCAAGGAAUUCAACUAAGUGCAGUUCAAGCUGCGAGGAAACUUUUAUCCAGUGACAGAAAUCCACCAAUUGAUGACUUAAUAAAAUCUGGAAUAUUGCCUAUUUUAGUCCAUUGUCUUGAAAGAGAUGACAAUCCUUCUUUACAGUUUGAAGCUGCAUGGGCUUUGACAAACAUUGCAUCUGGAACCUCUGAACAAACGCAAGCAGUCGUUCAGUCCAAUGCUGUGCCACUUUUUCUGAGGCUUCUCCAUUCACCCCAUCAAAACGUUUGUGAGCAAGCAGUGUGGGCACUGGGAAAUAUCAUAGGUGAUGGGCCCCAGUGUAGAGAUUAUGUUAUAAGUCUUGGAGUUGUGAAACCUUUACUUUCCUUCAUAAGUCCAUCUAUUCCUAUUACAUUCUUAAGAAAUGUUACUUGGGUCAUGGUCAACUUAUGUCGCCACAAAGACCCACCACCCCCAAUGGAAACCAUUCAAGAGAUUCUCCCAGCCCUUUGUGUUUUAAUUCAUCACACAGAUGUAAAUAUAUUGGUAGAUACUGUCUGGGCCCUCUCUUACCUUACUGAUGCUGGCAAUGAACAGAUACAGAUGGUAAUAGACUCUGGAAUAGUUCCUCAUUUGGUUCCUCUACUCAGCCACCAGGAAGUAAAAGUUCAGACUGCUGCACUUAGAGCUGUAGGGAAUAUUGUUACUGGAACUGAUGAGCAAACACAAGUAGUUUUGAACUGUGAUGCUCUUUCACACUUUCCUGCACUUCUGACACAUCCCAAAGAAAAAAUUAAUAAAGAAGCAGUGUGGUUCCUCUCUAACAUCACGGCAGGAAAUCAACAACAGGUUCAAGCAGUAAUUGAUGCUAAUCUCGUACCAAUGAUAAUACACCUUUUGGAUAAGGGGGAUUUUGGCACUCAAAAAGAAGCUGCUUGGGCCAUAAGUAACUUAACAAUUAGUGGAAGGAAAGAUCAAGUGGCCUACCUUAUCCAACAAAAUGUUAUCCCACCUUUUUGCAAUUUGCUGACUGUAAAAGAUGCACAAGUUGUGCAAGUAGUACUUGAUGGACUAAGUAAUAUAUUAAAAAUGGCUGAAGACGAGGCAGAAACCAUAGCCAAUCUUAUAGAAGAAUGUGGAGGACUGGAGAAAAUUGAACAACUUCAAAAUCAUGAAAAUGAAGACAUCUACAAAUUGGCCUAUGAGAUCAUUGAUCAGUUCUUCUCUUCAGAUGAUAUUGAUGAAGAUCCUAGCCUUGUUCCAGAAGCAAUACAAGGUGGAACAUUUGGUUUCAAUUCAUCUGCCAAUGUACCAACAGAAGGGUUCCAGUUUUAGAAAGAUGUUGUGGAAGUUAGGUCCAAUGCAGCACUGAGAUAUAUAUAUAUACACACAUAUAUAUAAAAAGGUUUGAUCCAUCAAGCUUGGCUCAUGGGAUCUGCUGCUGCAUUAAAUCGGGAACGAAAAUGUGAAGAUUUCAUUUGGAAUCACAGAAAAUGCCCAAAUGAGGUCAAGAUGGCGAGUGGGUGCGAGUGAGAAUGAGUGGCAAAAUGUAACGAAAACUUCACAUGAAUGCUUAUUUAGGUUGUUCAAAGUAAGAAGGGCUACAGGUCACACAGAUCUUCAGUGCCUGAGAGUGAACAUUGACUUACUCUAUAUCAAUUGAGGGGAAAGUGCAGUACUGUCAUCUUCAAGCCUUGUAAGCAUAAAAGAGAAUAGGAUGCCCAUAUAAGUCAAAGGAAAAUGAGCCCAGGCCUUGCUGUGAAGCAGUGUGUGAAUGGACAAUGUUGAAUGAAUGUCUGGCCCAGUGAUGGAGAGCCAGGUUCACCUUUCAAAUCUAGGGCUCUUCACUCAUGAAGCAGACUCCUAGUCCUGGAGUGACUGUGUACGAGAGUGUGGUUGUGGUGCUGUAUGUGAACGCAUGCAAGCUUGAUUCGCCUUCAGGGGGCUGAUCACAAACCUAGUAAAUCAUCAAAUUAAGAUCAUAAGUGUUAAUGUACACUGGACUUGAAAACAAAGACCGGUUUAGCAGCAGACAUGGUUUACUCUGCAGUCCGUGUUUUCUAUCCGCCCCCAUGUUCCCCACCCACCCACCCCUUUUUAAUUUUAGUCUUUAUUUACUUUACCUAGUAUGGCUUUUUAGUUUCUCAAGUCAGAAAACUUUUCAGGAAGGUUUCCCUGUGCAUUUGCACCAGAUGAAUGUUUGAUGCUAUGAAAAGCUUUCCAUAUCAUCAAAACUAAUUUGUGUAGAUUUUUGCAUGAAAAAAAUCAUAAAUUUCCCUCAAAAUAGACUGUGUUGCAGUACACAAGUUACCAUAAUAGUAUAAAACAGUAAAAUGUGCUUAAAAAGCCAUCCUUUUCAUUUUCAGAGAUAACAUAAAGAUCUUUGCAUGAGGUAAAUCUACAGCAUAGUUCAUUUUUAGAUUUUGUUGAGUCCUGUAAAGAAGAAAAAAGUUUCAGUUGUGAUAGAAUACCGUGCUGUGUUUAAAUGUUACUUGUUUUCAAUUUUUGUUUUCUAUGAAAAUGAUAUGGAAACUUCUAAAAUGGAAUUUGGUGCAUAUGUACUGCUGAAUAAAGACCGAUGAAGAGGUUUGAAUAGAUGUACAAAUCAAGUAAUGGUUUGAACACCUUUAAUAAUAUGCCUAAUCUGUUCAAUUGUUUUAGAAUCUUUUUAUCUUAGAUGUAGGCAGCCAUGAACAAUCUAUUUUGAGCCACUUUAGGGAGAAAACUUUGUAUUUUUAAAACUUGCAUAAAAAUUAUGCAAGUGGUUUUUAUAAAUUGGAAUAAUACCUCAGUUUUGAGGUUAUGCACACUAAAUUAAAUGUGACAAAUUAAUUUGUACAAAAAGAACUCUUUAUAAGGUGGCUCAUUGUAGGAAAUCCUGUGCCUUCCCCUUUGAGCACAAGUGUUGCAUGAACAACAGUUUGCUAUAAGAAACAUACCAGAUUAGCCACCAUUAGCAUCUAUAUCUACUUUGUGUUUAAAAAUCAACUGGUAAUUCUGAAACACUGUAGAAUGGAUAAAAAUUAUUUUGUGAUCAUAACUCUUUGUUGAACUAGAGUAUUUUUGCAGCAUUCCUUGUCAUCAGAAACAUGGUUAAAGUUUAAAACUAGAAGCAGCAGAAAACUAGCUUGUAAAAAUUAUCCAAGGUAGAGUACAGGCUAGGCUGUCUUGGGGAAAUAAACAUUAAAACUUAAAGCAAUGUUUUACAUGGGGUGUGUGUGUGUGGUGUGUGGGCUUUUUAUAUUAAUGUAAAGAUAGAACAUAACUCAAUGGCUUAUGUUAUCUUCUACUCUUUCGUUAAGCUUUUGACCAACAUAAAUUUCCUAAGUUCUAUAGCUGCAAUAUGACAUAUUAAUAUUCUAACCCACUGAAUUUGUUCACUUGACACCAUUUAUGCUUUUGCUUUCUCCUUUUCAAACCCUCUUCCAGCAAAAUGGACUGAAAGGGACAACUUGAGUUAUAUUUUAAGUAUUACUGUAACUUCAACGUAUGACUCCAAAUGAUAGACCACAUACAAAGCAUGGUUUUUACAGAAGGCUUAGGUUAACCAGCCAGAUGAUCAGAACAAUAUUUUGCAUAAUUUGUGUUUUUUAGUAAAAAAAGUCUGGUUCACAAUAAGCCAAUGAGCUUAUAAUAGGCCAAAUUAUUUUAUAGAAUAGUUAUCUUUAUAUACAUAAUAAUUAUGGACUAUAAUAACAUCUCUGAGUACAAGGGCUACCUACAUAUCUAAAUAUUUUAUUCCUACCUGUGGACUCAUAGGACAUUGAUUUUCUAAUAGAAUGUUAGGAAACACUUUUCUGUGUAUGAAUUCUUUUUCAGCCACUCACAGUUAAAUUGAUUUAAACACAACUCUAAUCUUUGUUCUCCAGUGAUCUGAGAAACGGAUUCACUUUUAACAUAGAGCAUUAUUUCUGUUGAGGGGAGAAAAUGGAAGAAUAACUCUAAUAAGCCAAAUCUAAAUGUUGUUCUUCACUUUUCAUGUCUUAAACUGAUUUUUCGGAGCGCUGAGCCCUUCUCAAGUGCUAUAAAAUAAUAAUAUUACAGUAGAGGUGUGUUAAUACCCUAGUCUAAAAUAUAUCUGUAAAGAUAUUUCUAUUUUCAAGGAAUUCAGUAAUUUUGUGACGUGAUGGAAUUAGUAUUUUCCCCAUUGCUCUGGACCAAACCCAGAGCAUUCCUAUAAUUGAAGCUAUAUGAUAAUCAUUAAAAAGGUUUACCUCAAUGACUACAAUUCAUAGGUUGAAGGAUUUUGUUUAUUUGUUUUGUUUAAAGGUAUAAUUGCAUUAUAAAAUGGCUGACUUUAUUGUAACAGGGUAGUUUGUGGGCCACCCUAUUUGGAUUCUCCAUUGCAUCAGUUCCCUCAAGAAAGAAAUUUAGAGAAAUUAAGCUAAGAUUUGGCUUUAAAGACUCUUAACAGGAGGGAAUUUUAGUUUUCUAUUGCUGUAUAACAAAUUGCCGUGAACUUAGUGGCUUCAGGCAACAGUGUAUAUUUUUUAUUUCCCAGUUUCUGUGGGUCAGGAGUCCAGGUAUGGCUUAGCUAAGUCCUCUGCUCGGUCUCACAAGGCUGCAAGCAAGUGAUCAGCCAGAGCUGCAGUCCAUUCUGAGACUUAGGUCAUCCUCUUGGCUCAUGUAGCAGAAUUCAUUUCCUUAGAUCUGUAAAAUUCAUGGCAGCUUGCUUCUUCAAGAUCAUCAGGAGUAUUUGAUCUCAGGGAAUAUCCUAAGCCUUCUCCUUAGACCUUGCCUGAUUUGAUCAGGCUCACCCAGAAUAAUCUCUCUUUUUGAUUAACUCAAAGCCAAAUUGAUGAGGGACCUUAAUUAAAACUAUAGAAUCCAUUCACCUUUGCCAUACAGUGUAACCUGUGGAGUGCCGUCCAUCAUGUUUGCAGAUCCUGCGUACACUUAAGGAAAGGGGAUUAUGCAGGUUGCGUACACUAGGAAAUUUGGGGAGUCAUUUUCGAAGUCUGCCUAGGGAAUUCAGAGUAUUCAGAGUUGGAGCACUUUUGAGGUGAUCACCUAAUAGUGUACACGUUUAUUUUUUGGAUCAAAAAUGCCUGUGAGAACAUAAAACUCUGAACCAGCUUCCCUGGAAAGUAUACAUACAUGCAGUUUUCCAUACAGUUUUGGGGAUCCCACAGUAUUCCAUGAAUUUCAGAGUAUGAAUGAGUGAUGUCUCCCUUCUCUCCUUUUGGUUGAUAGAGUUGCCAAGAGGUGACUUGCCCAAGGUCACACAGCUGGUUAGGACCAUCUAAGUCUCUGAUCUCCCAAACCAUGCUGUGCUACCAAAUACUAUUCUAAAACGAAUCUAAAUAUAUUUAAAUUUGUGAACCUGUGCAAAAAAUGUUUAUGCAGCUUUUCGUGUUUUGAAUAUUGAAGAAUGAUUAAUACUAAUUGUUUAUAGAAGCUUUCCUAAGAGUUUUGAAAUUGAUUUCUCCUUUUUGAGUUUUCAAACUUGAAUCUUCUAUUGUAGAUACUAGGAGGGUGAAUUAUAUAACUAGAUCAACAUACCUUUAAUUAAAAGCAAUCAAUUGUUAACUCCUGAGGCUUGGUGGGUUGUUUAUCUCUUAAGUGUAAAAGUUAAGUUAGAAUCCAAUGUUGACUAUGUUGAAGACCAGGAUACCUGAGUAUUUUUAUUCUUGUACCUUUUAACGUCUUGAUUAUUAUUAAGUGUCAGCCAAUAAUUUAAUAUUCCUGAGGGGAAUAUCAGCCCAGACAACUAAUCCACUAUUCCCAAACACUGUACUAGCAAACCAGUGCCUAACAAAACCUGACAUUUUGGACUAUGAGAGGAGGAAUUACCUUUCUGAAAGUUUUAAUAAGCACAUUAAUAAAUUGUAUGCUUUUUUAAAAAAUAGAAGUAUAGUAAUUUUAAAGGUGUUGCUUCAUUGAUGCCUUUAAAUCACAUCACAGUGCACAUUGGUGGUCUUGUAGCAAUUAGAAUUAACUCCUAAGUAAAUAAAGGAAGUUGGAAAAAUGAAGAUUUGUAAAGCCUUUAUUCCUGUGUGAUCAGAAGCAACUGUGGACUGUAGUCUCACAUUUAUUAAUUAGCAGGACAUCAGUCAUAAAGAGAGAAGGUAGACUUAUUUUUUUCCCAUAAGGACUUAACCUAGCAGCUCCAUUAAUUUUGAAUAUUCAUUCUAAAUCCAGGCUCUUUCGGUGACAGAAAUCUUGUUCAGAAUGUCCAUGUCAGGCCCUACAGUUUAUAAAAUUGUAGUCUGCUACUUGGUGUGUGAACAGCUGAGUGUGAAGCAAAAUAAAUAUUGCUCCUACAGACUCACUCUGAUCUACCUCCCACCAGAGGACUGCACAUGAGCUUAUGUUCUCUUUGCCCCAAUUUCUGCCUUCUGCCUUCCAUAAAUUUUUUUAUCUUGUGUAGCUCCAAAUAUGCUGCUGUCUCGAGGUUGCUUAGCUUUUCUAUACUAUCAAUUCUUGGUUCAGUCCUUUUCAUGAAGAAAAUUCUUAACUUAUUCCACCUAGACUUUUCUUUCUGUACUCGUAAGCACGUAUCCUACUUUCCUGACAAUAUUUUACCUCUAUAGCUGGUGAUUCCUUGGCUAUGGCUUCUACUUUGUCACUUUACCCAAGAUUUCCUUCAGUCUGUUUUUACUCUUACUUUGAAAUAUCUGAUAGCGAUUUCUAAUAAUCUGCUUAAAUCUACAUGCACCCCUUUAGUCGAAUUAUUAACGGUCAUGAUUCACCCUUGAUGUUUAUGGUAUUCUCAAUCUCUAGUUACCUGCCUUACAGAUAAUUCCCUCACUGUCCUCUCCCUCCAUUCCUCUGGUUUUUCAGCUCUGUGAGCUUUGCCCACAUCCUUUGUACAUAGUUACUUUUUUUUUUUUUUAACUCAUUACUAUCUGUGAUAAUAUCCAAGUCUUGGACUUUCUUAGGGGAGGUUGUUUUGUUUUUUUUUACUCUUUCAAGAAUAAUCUCCAUAUUUGUGGUUCAUAAUUUUGGAGGGAAUCAAGAUAACCUUAUUCUCUCUCCUACUGUAUUAUCAUACUUCUCUCUUCCUGUUUGUUAGGGAUUGUCCCCUUUCCAACUCAUUAAUGUAAAACUUAUCUAUUACCUAUUUUUAGUGUUUUCUACCUCCAGCCAUUUCCCUUUGUCCUUGGCAAUGUGCUGCCUCUAUAAACAGGGUUAUAUUCUGCCUCAAAUGUAGUGGGUAAAGUACAAAGUUUAAGAGUGGUUUUCAAGGUGUACCACCUAUGUAACUAGCACUUCUGCCAUGUCUAUACUAUUAUGUCUAGUAGACUAGCUUAGUGGCCAUUCUAGUUGUGCUUUAAGAACUUGGCAUACAACUGGUGCAAAGAAAUUGGGUUUUUACCUCUUUUUUUUUUUUUUUUAACCAGUUUAAGAUGAUUUAGGAAAGCUGUUAAGCUACCUAAAUAGUAACUUAGUUCCUGUCCAAGAAACUUAGUGAUCAGAGGUGCUACCCCCAUAUCCCUCAUUUUGCAGUUCUCCCCUGCUGCAGAGAGUAAGAAAAGAUAAAGGCAGCAGAUAGGGAAGUGUCUUGGUUCCAUCCUGGUUUUCACAACUCCAUUCUGUUAGUCUCCUUCAAGAAGUAAGGAAUAUAUCCAGGACUGUAUACAACCCUUGCCAUCCCCAUUAAACCUUAAGUUACUGUAUGUGUUUUACAUUUAUGGUAAUUUUUCGUUCUGUAGUGUCUGUCUGGUCAUUGCUCUAUCAUACCUGCGUUUCUUCGUCUUUUCACUAGAUUGUAAGCUCCUUAAGGGCAAGGCCAGCAUAUAAGCAAAGCUCUGUAAACCCCAUGAAGGUGCCAUAAGUUCUAUGGGCACUCAAUAAAAGCUUAUGAUAAUGA